ACGGAUGGAAGCAUUAAAUGCAGCCUCAUAUCUGAGAUUUUCUACUGGAUUGCCACAUAUUUAUUGAUUCAAAGCACACACUCUAUGCGCGUCAUAUUGCUUGAAUGGAUUACGUCGUCCGUUGUCAUGGAGCUAACUUAGCUAGCUGCUGAUAUAAACAGUGGGAAUCUCCACAGCUCGCCCCAGAAAAGAACUGACAACCUACAUAAGAUUUCAAAGUCUACCACCACCACUUGCAGAGAAACUCAUAUUCUGUUCCAUUAUCCAGACUAAAUUACGAGAAAGGAAUCAAUCAUGGCGCUCCCGCUACCUCCCAUUCUAUCCCCCGAAGAGGCAGCCCAAUACGGCCGAACACUAGCACCAUACGUGUUCUCGUCGCAAAUUCUUGAAUUCCCUGCGCGCGUCGUCGAAGCCGCCAACAGCACAGAUGUACUACACAAUCUCCAAGAGCUAUAUCUAGGCACAAACCCUAUGCUAGAGGCCGUUGCGAUCGCGCUCGCUCUUUGCCCCUUUUUCGUCCUUGCCGCUGAGAUUCGCAACAAUUACUCGCAGGUGGAUUGUUGGUGGUCCCUUUUGCCGACUAUCUACAAUCUGCAUUUUUAUGCUUGGGCGUAUGGGAAUGGAUUACCGACUGAUCGGUUGCGGACUAUUGGGGUGAUUAGUGUUUUAUGGACUGUCCGCUUAACAUACAACUACUGGCGCAAAGGUGGCUACAGCUGGGGUGCCGAAGACUAUCGCUGGCCCAUAAUCCGGAAAAAAAUAAACAAUCGCUUCCUCUUCUUUGUAUUUGACGUCGUUUUCAUCUCCCUCACCCAAUCCCUCUUGUUAUGUGCCAUCACCGCACCAACCUAUGUCUUCACUCUACUCACACAACUACCCAAAACUGGCGCAACAUUCGACAUCGCCGAUCUCGUCUUCUCGCGCCUCUUGUUUUUCUACAUUCUAAUCGAGGUUGUCGCCGACGAACAACAAUGGCGCUAUCAACAAGCCAAAACUAAAUACCGUGACACCGGCAUCGUCACACAGGGAUACGACAAGGAAGACCUCGAUCGCGGCUUCGUCGUUUCGGGUCUCUGGUCCUAUAGUCGUCAUCCCAAUUUCGCCGCUGAGCAAGCUAUCUGGCUAACUCUGUACAUCUGGUCUGCGUACAAGACGAAUACCUGGCCCAAUUGGGCUGGUAUCGGUGCGUUGGGAUAUUUGGCUUUGUUUCAGGGUAGUACCUGGUUGACGGAGAGGUUGAGUUUGGGUAAAUAUCCCGAAUAUGUGGAAUAUCAGGCUCGUGUAGGCAAGUUUGUGCCGAGGUGGUCUGUGAAGGCGAGGGGACAAAAGGGUAAGGCGAAGGCUAAGAUUGAACAGAAGAAGAAGGAGUGAUUCUCAUCUGUAAUCUUCUAAGCCGCAUUGUAAAAUUGGUUCCGUUUUUGGCUUUGGGCGUAUUCUAUUUCAGUUCAAUUUGUGUUUGGUGUUGUGCGUCCGGGUUAUGUGAAUUGAACUCUUGGAUUUGUCUCAGUUUCCUGCUUGGUGUUCUACUUUUAUUAUUCUUAUGGAGUAUAUUUUUUUCGUUUCGUCCAUCCUUCUGAGAAUCAUGAUUCGUUUGCAUUGAGGAGGCUUCCCAUGACUUCAGAAAUCAACCAUAGACUGGUUAGCUAGUGAUGAGCAACCCUUCUAUAAACUUGCUCAGGUCUACUC